AUGGCAGACGCCAGUAUUAGGACAUCAGAAAAGGACCAGGACAGCUGUCCAGUCUGUCAAGAUCUACUGAAAAAUCCAGUGACUUGUAAAUGUGGACAGAGUUUCUGUUCGGCGUGCAUUCACAGUCUGAAGCAGUACAGUCCAAAGGGAUCCCACAGCUGUCCUCAGUGUGGUGAGGCGUUCGCUCCAAAGCCUGUUCCACGCAGAUUCAUCAAGGUUGAGAGAAUGAAAAAAGUGGAGCUAUCUUCUUCAAACCAUCCCUCGGAUCCAAGCUAUGCUGGACCUGGAGAUGUAGGGUGUGAUGAAUGCACUGGAAGAAAACACAAAGCCGUCAAGUCUUGUUUAAUGUGUCUGGCUUCCUUCUGUGAAAGCCACUUAAUACCUCACACCACAGUGACCUAUCUGAAGAGACACAAGCUGAUCGAAGCCUCCCCAGACCUGCAGGAAAACAACUGCUCCCAACAUGACAAACUCAAUGAAUUCUAUUGCCGUACAGACCAGAAAUGUAUUUGUGCUUCGUGUGUAUUGAAUGAACACAAAGGACAUGAUACGGUUGAAGCUGAAACAGAAAGGAUGGCAAAACAGACUGAGAUUGCAGAAAAGCAAAGGGAAGUACAGCAAAGAAUCAAGGACAAACAGAAAGAGCUGGAUGAGCUGAAACGGUCUUUGGAUACACUAAAGUGCUCUGCACAGGCUGCAUUAGAGGAUAAUGACAAGAUCUUCACUCAACUGAUCCACACCAUUGAGAAAACACGCUCUGAGGUAGCAGAGCUGAUCAGAGCUCAAGAAAAGAUGGAAUAUAGUCGAGUUGUGCGACUUCAUGAGCAGCUGGAGCAGAAGAUUGCUGAGCUCCACAGGAGAGACACUGAGCUACAGAAGCUUUUAAACACGGAUAAUAAUGUUUAUUUCCUAAAGCAUUUCCAGUUUCUAUCGUCACUAUCUGCAUCUGUGAAUUCGCCCAUCGUAACUGUCAGUCAGCACAUUAAACCUGAUCUUGUGAGGAAGUCUCUUUCUGAUCUUAAAAUGGAAUUGCAGAAAUUUGGCAAGGAUUGCAAAUUUUCAGUUGAGAUUUCCUUCUGA